AUGGCAUCCGGAAAAGCAGCCAGAGUCCAGCUCAGCGACGACGAGGUCGACGACAUCCUUUACCUAACCCGCACAAACGAGAGCGCCGAACUUCAGCAAUAUCUCGGUCAACUGUCACAACAACACAACUGCAGCAUUGCUGCUUUGCUCGAGAGCAGUGUCGACGAGGACAAUGGCAACACACCCUUCCACUACUGUGCUGCAAACGGCUACGCUGGUACGCAUAUACUCGCAGCCAAAGGCAGAAAGAAGAAAGUCUUACUAAACGUACAACUCCANGAUCUUCUCAAAACACUCUCAUCACAACUCGAGUCCUCGACGAAAACCGAAGUCUUGAGCCGCAAGAACGAGGCUGGCAAUACUGCACUGCACUGGGCAUCUGUAAACGGUCACGUUGAAGCCGUAAAGGCUCUCAUUGACAGCGGCGUAGACGUCUGGGUCAAAAACGCUGCUGGACACCUUCCGGUCUUCGAGGCGGAGCGCGCAGAGAAGGAUGAGGUUGUCGCAACAUUGUUGAUUACCGGUGGAAAGGAAGAUGAGGAAAAGUCAAGAGCACAAGAGGGAGAAGCUACCGAGGAAGACAAGGCUGACGUUGAGGGUGUGACGAGCCAGAUGGGCGAGUCGAGCUUGGAGAAGUGA